AUUUAAGUCAAGUCAAGUCAAGGUACAAAAUAGUAAUUAUUGCUAAAAUUCCUAGUUGAAGAUAGUCAAUGACUAUUGGUUUACUGUCUGCUUUUAACAAUUGUUUCUUCAAGUGGUAGACUUCAUGAAGUUGCAAUCUUCGACUGCUCAAUUGACUUGUUUUGAGAAAUUACUUGGCAGAAUGCAAAAUGGUACUGGACACCCAUUAUAAGUAGUCGUUAAGUGUGUUGUUCUGCUUGUAUAACCAUAGUGUCUUAUUUCCAAAGUACCCCCCAAAAAAAAGAAAGUAUAACCACAGUGUCCAUUUUUAUCCCUCCCAAAUGAAGCCUCCUGUGAUGGAUCUAAGCCUAUUCUUGCUUGUUACCUUUCAUGCCAUCCUUGUCCCAUUUCUCAGCUUGUCACUUUCAGGGCAUGCUUCGGCAGCCAUAAUUGGAAAUGUGACAGACAAACUCGCAUUGCUCGAGUUUAAGUCCUGGCUAACUGAAGAUCCUGCUGGAGUCCUGGACUCUUGGAAUGAUUCUCUAGACUUAUGCAGGUGGACUGGGGUCAAAUGUGGCCUAAAACACCGAAGGAUCACGGUUUUGGAUCUUGAAGGGAGGCCGUUGGUUGGAACCAUAUCACCCCAUAUAGGAAAUCUCUCUUUCCUCAAAAUCCUUAACCUUGCGAACAAUUCCUUCUUUGGUGGUAUUCCCUCGGAAUUAGGCGACUUGAUCAGGCUUCAAACUUUGAACCUGAGCAGCAAUUUUCUAGGAGGGGAUAUUCCUGUUAAUUUGUCUCGGUGUUCCAAUCUCAUAAAUCUUGCAUUAAACCACAAUCUUCUUGAAAGAGAGAUUCCCCCUCAACUAGAGUCAUUGUCUAAACUUGCAAAUCUAAAUUUGGGAGACAACAAUCUUAUUGGAAGGUUUCCAGCUUCUCUUGGAAAUCUUUCGUCACUUCAACAGCUCUUUUUAUCAUCUAACAAUCUGGAGGGAGAGAUUCCUGAUGCAGUAGCCCAAAUGAGAAGUUUGAUGAUAUUCAGGGUGGGAAUGAACAAAUUUUCUGGUGUGUUUCCCUCUUCACUUUACAAUUUGUCGUCGCUCAGUCACAUAUCUUUGGCUCUUAACAACUUCUCUGGUGGUCUCAGGACCGAUAUAGGCCUUGCUCUUCCAAAUCUCCAGAAUCUUUAUUUGGGAAUGAAUAGGUUUAGUGGACACAUACCGAGUUCUCUGGCAAACAAUUCCGAUCUUAUGCGAUUGGAUUUCCCUUUCAAUAAUUUCACCGGUAACAUACCUAUGAGUUUUGGAAUCCUGCAGAAUCUUUGGUGGCUCAAUCUUCCUAAUAACAUUCUUGGAAGCAGUGCGGUUGAUGAUUUGAGUUUCCUUACUUCUCUGGCAAAUUGUAGCAAGCUACAAAUUCUGGAUUUCAGCCGCAACCAGUUUGGAGGUCAGUUAUCUGCCUCAGUUGCAAAUCUGUCAACCCAAUUGACAUGGCUAAAUAUCCAAAGGAACCAUAUUCGCGGAAGCAUUCCUCCGGAGAUUGCGAACCUGAUCAACUUGGACGCAGUGGGCAUGGGGCAAAACCUCUUGACAGGUAAUAUUCCAACUUCAUUUGGAAAGCUCUCGAAAUUGCAAGAACUGCACAUAGAUAGAAACUUACUUACAGGGGAGAUCCCCACUUCCUUCGGCAAUGUCACACAACUGUUAUACCUCUAUAUGCAAAACAACAGCUUGGAAGGAAGCAUACCUUCAAGUUUUGGAAACUGUAAAUACCUACAGUACCUAGACCUUUCCCAUAAUAAAUUCAGUGGUACCAUACCCAUCCAACUUAUAGGCAUUUCUGCCUUCUCUAGAGGCCUUAACUUGUCUCACAACUCCUUGACUGGAUCCUUGCCAGUGGAAGUUGAAAAUAUGAGAAUUCUUACUGUGCUUGAUGUUUCUUACAACAAGUUGUCUGGUGAGAUUCCGAGUGAGUUAGGGUCCUGUUUGGCUCUGGAACAACUCUACAUGCAGAGCAACUUCUUUCGAGGAACCAUUCCUCACCUGAGUAAUUUGAGAAGCCUUCGCUAUUUAGAUAUUUCAAACAACAGCUUGGAUGGCCAGAUUCCGUCAUACCUGGUCAAUAUUUCCUCUUUACUAAAUCUGAAUCUUUCAUAUAACAAUCUUGAGGGGGAGGUACCUGUAGGAGGAGUGUUCAAAAAUGCUAGUGCAGUAGAAGUCUAUGGCAACAAGAAUCUUUGUGGGGGGACCCCAGAGAUGCAUUUGGACCCGUGCCCUGUACAUCCUGAGAAAUUAAAGAAACAUAUUGCUACUAAGUUGAUACUAGGGAUUACCAUUCCUAUUUCUUGCUUAGCUCUGAUCCUACUUUUAUUUUCACUUUACUGGAUAAGGAACUCGCGGAAGACAACUCAGUCCACAUUUUCCUUAGGGCCAUUCUAUCCAAAAAUUUCUUAUGCAGAGCUCUGCAAUGCCACCUGUGGAUUCUCUUCUGAUAAUGUGAUAGGUUCAGGUAAUUUUGGCACUGUGUACAAAGGAACUCUUGGCCUAGGUGAUGAAACAGUGGUUGCAGUUAAGGUACUCAACCUUCAACAACGAGGAGCUUCCAAAAGCUUUAUGGCUGAAUGCCAAGCCUUGAGAAACGUCAGGCAUCGAAACCUCGUUAAGGUUCUAACUGCUUGCUCAAGUAUAGACUUUGUAGGGAAUGAUUUCAAAGCUUUAGUAUACCAGUUCAUGCCAAAUGGGAGCUUGGAAAAGUGGCUGCAUCCAGAAGACGGACAAAGUCAAACAAGAAACUUGAAUUUUCUCCAAAGAGUAAACAUCGCAAUUGAUGUGGCUUCUGCAUUGCAUUAUCUUCAUCAUCAGUGCCAAAAUGCGGUGAUCCAUUGUGAUCUAAAGCCAAGCAAUGUUCUUCUUGACAAUGACCGGACUGCUCAUGUCAGUGAUUUUGGUUUGGCAAGGCUCCUUUCAAAGUUCAACAAGGAGGCCAAUUUGAAUCAGUUUAGCUCACUUGGGAUUAAAGGAACCAUUGGAUAUGCUGCUCCAGGUAACUUCUAG